AUGGCCAUUACAGACACUUUGCCCUGUAGCAUCGUCGCAUACACCAUUGCGAUCAACGCCUGCAGCAAGUCAGCUGAAUGGGAGAGAGGCAUCGCCUUGCUGUAUGGCCUAGAAAUGGCGCUUUUGCAAGCUGAUGUUGUUGCUUACAGUGCGGCGAUCAAUGUUUGCGAAAAGGCCCGCAAGUGGCAACAGGCGUUGCAAGUGCUACAUGUUUCUUUGCAGAAAUCAGUGCGACCGAAUAUUGUAGCCUGUGGCGCUGCAAUUAGUGCAUGUGCAUGCAUAGGAAAGUGGAUGGAAGCAUUGAUGUUGCUGCAUGACAUGCCUGGAUGGCGGGUGCAUCCCAACAUCAUUGCCUUCAACUCUGCAAUCAACGCAUGUGACAAGGCAAUGGAGUGGCGGCAUGCGCUUCUGUUGCUAGAUGAAGCUCAUACACAGACCAUCCAGCUGGACAUGAUAUCCUUCAACGCUACUACCAGUGCAUGUGGCAGAGCAAGCGCGUGGCAGCAGGCAAUUUGUGUUCUUGAUGCUGUUGAAAGUCACGAGCUGCAGCCAAGCCUGAUUACAUUCAAUGCAAGCAUCAGUGCACUUGAGAAAGCUGCUCAGUGGCAGCGUUCACUGAUGCUGCUGUCUGAAGUUGAAGCGCGAAAGCUGCAGCUUAACAUUAUCACGUACACAUCGGCACUGAGUUCGUGUGAAAAGGCUAGUGAAUGGGAGCAAGCAAUGCAGCUCUUUUGCGCAAUGUGUUCGAAGUCCUUGGAACCUAACGUUAUUACUUAUGGUGCAGCUAUCAGUGCCUGUGAAAAGUCAGGGCAGAGCUUCAAAGCAGUGCAUUUGUUGGAGCAAGCGCAAGACACAUUUAUUCGGCCUGACGUAGUCAUGUAUAAUGCUGCCAUCAGUGCAUGCGAGAAAUCUGCGGAUUGGCAAACAGCGUUAGCUCUUCUGUGCCAGACAGAAUCCGCCAGAGUUCAGACCAACGUCAUCACAUUCAAUGCAAGCAUCAGUGCCUGUGAAAAGGCUUCCCAAUGGCAACUUGCACUUUCGCUCAUGAGCGUCCUUGUGAUCAGACGAAUGCAGGCAGAUGUGGUUUCAUACAGCUCCAGCAUCAGUGCCUGUCAGAAGGGUAACCGGUGGCAGGCGGCCGUUUGGCUUUUCAGAGCUCUUCAAUUGGACAGACAAGAAGCACAGGCCAUUACGAUCAACUCCGUGGUGAGCUCCUUGCACAAGCAAGGGAACUGGCUGUGCGCUCUUCAAUUUCUACGGGAAGCUGAUGUCACAGUCAUUGAGCCCAAUAUCAUUACCUAUAGUGCAGCCAUCUCAGUGUGCGCCAGUCCGGCGUGGCAGGAAGCGAUCAAGUUGUUGCUCCAGGUAGAGGACCUGAAGCUGCCCGCAAGCAGUGUCACCUUCGGAGCUGCCACCUCCGCCUGUGAAAAAGCAGGCCACUGGCAAAAGAUCUUAGAGCAUGAUCAUGAACACUCGCAUGUGCUGGGGUGCAAUUCUCAACUCGCUGCCUGUGAGAAGGCGGCUCAAUGGACACAGGCCUUGUCCUUGUGCUCUGGCGCGCGGCGAAGGCUUCUGGAGCCGAACCUCCUGACCUUCAGUGUCACAGUGACCGCUUGUGAAGGAGCUGGCAGGUGGCAAAGGACCUUGGUCUUGGUGGAUGAAAUCGGUGCACAGGCCUUGCUUCCGAGUGUCAUCACAUAUGUUUCUGCAAUCAAUGCAUGCGAGGAAGCUCAGGAUUAUCGGCAAACCUUGGUGCUUGCGAGCAAGCUGGAACUUGUGACGGAGCUCUUACGAGGGCGUUGA